CCCAAAAUGGCCAUUUCUGUGUCUAAGAAGAAAUCCAAACAAUCCAAGAAAAUUGUCGAGGAAAAACCUUGUAAUUUCUCUUUCUGUGAUACAUUUCUAUUCAGAUUUCUAUCUCGAAUCCCUGCAGCAAUUCUAAUACUGUUUCUUGUCUUCGUUUGGUCCUCUUCCACCACCAUUAUUUCUGGCAAUAUUGUUCAUGUUUGUGUAUCUUCAAGAAAGCUCAACAAUCUUUAUUGCCUUUCUGCUGGUUCUCAACCCAAUUUUGACAUCCCACAUCCUGAGUUUUUCAGUAAUACGACUUCUAUUACUCUCAGUGAUACCACUUCCGUUAAUCUCAGUAGCAGUAGUACUACUACCUCUGUUAGUCCAAGUACCAGCAUAGAAACGAAGAAAGAGAUUGUUGAAGUUGUCAAAAAAUUAGAUGAAUCUGAUAAGAUUGUUAGAGAUACAUCAGAUGAAGAUCGAGAAGAUGAGGUUGCAAAUGCAGUCAAGGUGGUCGAAGAGCAAAUGCAAAUGCACCGGUCAUGGAAAUCCGAUCAUAAUCAUGCUGCAGGGUGUGAUGGAAAGGGGAUAUUUGUCUAUGAUUUGCCAUCAAAGUUUAACAAAGACUUGGUGGGACAGUGCCACGAAAUGGUUCCAUGGAUGGAUUUCUGCCAGUAUUUCAAAAAUGAAGCACUUGGGGAGCCAAUUCAAAGCCUUGGUAAAGGAUGGUUUACGACUCAUCAGUAUUCAUUGGAGCCAAUAUUCCAUUCAAGAGUUUUGAAACAUCCUUGCAGGGUUUACAAUGAGAAUGAAGCAAAACUUUUCUAUGUACCAUUCUAUGGUGGUUUAGAUGUUCUUAGAUGGCAUUUCAAAAAUGUCUCUAAUGAUGUCAAAGACAUUCUAGCUUUGGAGCUGAUAAAGUGGCUUGAAGCACAAAAACCAUGGUCUAGGAAUUCAGGCAAAGAUCAUGUAUUUGUGUUGGGGAAAAUCUCAUGGGAUUUUAGAAGAAAUUUCACUUCAUGGGGUACUAGACUAUUAGAGCUGGAUCAAAUGCAGAAUCCAAUAAAGCUUUUGAUCGAAAGGCAACCUUGGCAUGUAAAUGACGUUGGAAUUCCACAUCCAACUUACUUCCAUCCACAAUCAGACGAUGAUAUAAUCUCGUGGCAAUCGAAGAUCAUCAGCUCAUAUCGAAAAACCUUGGUCAGCUUUGCUGGUGCAGCUAGGCCUGAUUCAACCGAGACCAUAAGAUCGAUUUUGAUAAAACAAUGUACUUCAUCAGACAACCAGAAAUGCAAGUUUCUUGAUUGUAGUUCAAGGGGAUGUGAUCAACCCGAGUCAGUAAUUCAGCUUUUCAUGGAGUCUGAAUUCUGCUUGCAGCCUCCAGGAGAUAGUCCAACAAGAAAAUCUGUAUUUGAUUCAUUGAUAUCAGGUUGUAUACCUGUAAUGUUUGAUCCUUUUACAGCUUACUAUCAGUAUCCAUGGCAUUUACCAGAAGAUCAUGGUAGAUAUUCUAUGUUCGUGGACAAAAAUGAGGUUAGAGAAAUGAAGGUCAAUUUGGUCGAGAAGUUGAUGAAAGUUCCAUUGAAGGAGAGGCAGGAAAUGAGAAGGUAUAUAGUCUAUGAGUUAUUGCCUGGUUUGGUGUAUGGGGAUCCAAAUUCCCAGCUUGAGAAGUUUCAUGAUGCGUUUUCUAUUGCAAUGAGUAGUCUCCUAGAAAGGGCGAAUAGAUUGGAGUAAAGUUGUAUUCGUUUAAUGUUAGUCAGCA